AUGCAGCAGAAGCAGCAACAACAGCAGAAGCAGCAGCAACAGCAGCACCACCAGCACCAGCAGCAACAGCAACAAAUGCAGCAGAAGCAGCAACAACUGCAGAAGCAGCAGCAACACCACCACCACCACCACCACCACCAGCACCAACAGCAGCAGCAACAGCAGCAGCAGCAGCAGCAGCAGCACCACCACCACCACCAGCAACAACAGCAGCAGCAGCAACACCACCAGCACCACCACCAGCAACAGCAGCAGCAGCAGCAACAGGAGCAGCAGCAGCAGCAGCAGCAGCAGCAGCAGCAGCAGGAUACCUGCAUGGAUACAAAACGACGUUUUUUGGGUUUGUCAUACAAACGAGGCACUCUAUAUCUAGGGCCCCGCUGCUGCUGCUGA